AUGCGGGCGAAGUGCGAGGGGCUGAAAACGUCCGUUCGGCAGCUUUGCGAGCAGAUCGAGGAGGUGGACGCGGCCCAGCAAGCGGCCCAGCGCUCCCUCGACCAGUCGCUUAACGGCGCGGAGAGCGCGGCGGGGGGGGUUAUUGCGUGUACGCACUGCGCCGCGGAUGUGGUCUCCCGGUUCCUCUCCACAGGGUCUUGA